AUGUCUGGAGCACCUCCGAGAGAUACAAACGUUCAAUGCAAGGGCAAGGGUCUAGAACGCCUCAAUGCGUUAGUCAUCGGGGUUCCUCUUGAUGACCCCAGAGUUCGAGAGCCAACUACCUUGGAUAUGUGCACGAGCGGGAAACAGAAGAGAAAUACUUUUGCAUGUACAAACUGUCAUGCCCAAAAGGCUAAGUGUGUACCGUUAGAUCCCCGUGACAUAUAUGGCAAGGCUUGCGUUCGCUGCGCCAAGAGAAACAAAUUGUGCACGUUUGAUUUGUCGCGACGGACACGUCGUCGCAAGCAUGAGGGUGAAUUUGUAAAAUCAAGUGGCUCAUCCAAAAGCACUCCUGCUCCACAUGGUUUAGUGUCUUCGCCACACGGUUCACAUUCUCACGAGGCAACUUCACAAAUUUGGAUGAACACGACUGAAGUCAACAGGAACGGACUUACGACGGACUCAUCAUCUUCAUGGCUCUAUUUCGAGCUACAAGGUCUGCUGUCUUCUCAGCGAGAGAAGCUCGACAUACUCUUAACCCAAUUAACUACACUUAACAACAAAUGGAGCGAGAUAAUCAAAAGCAGUGAUGUUAUGUCACGAAAAGGCGAUCUUAUAGAACAGGGAAUUAUCACAUACCAUGAGGCCCAGUUUCGCUUAGACCUUUACCGGUCAGAGAUUUCAAAGAGGCAUCGAUUACCGUUUGUCAAAAUUCCGGAGAAUCAGACACUUGAUGAUCUCAAGACUCACGAGCCUAUACUGUUUGCUACAAUCAUGUGUGUCGUAUCCGCCAUGCUCAAUGAAGACCAAAGUACCGUCGAGAAAAAUAUUAGAAUUGACGACUACGCUCUAGCUCUUGUGUCGAACGCGCUUUUGCGGGUUGGUGAAACCUCUUUAGAGAUGCUCCGAUGCUUGCUAGUGAUGUGCUUUUGGUAUAACUUACCCGAGUCAUCCAAUAAGUCGCGAUUUCAUCUGUUCAACUACAUCUGCUGCUCUUUGGUUCGCGAGUUGUUACCGUCCGUGAGGCCGCGAUUCUUACCCACUUUAAAUGCAAGUGACAGAAGUGAUAGAGAACAAGAAAUGUAUCGCCAAUUUUUUUCGAAAAACCAGGAGUAUGCUCGGUUGGUGCUGUUGGCUUACAUGUCGGCGAUCAACAUAAACAUUUAUCUGAAACAGUCUAUUCAAAACAAAUGGGGGCCCAUGCAAGAAAUUGCUUACAACGCCCUUAUUGAGGCCGCAUCGACACAUUAUUUGGUUCAUGUGCAUGCCGCAGAUGAAAUCUUAAUAACGUUCGCGAAAUUGAAUCACGUACUGGAGAUAAUUCACAUCAAACUACAUGAAGCUGAAGAAGACGAGAACGAAAAUCGAAUCUUUGUUAUAUCCCCCAAAAAGGAGCAAAUUAUACACCGGCUUGAGGCAGAUCUAAAAGACGUUUUUAAAGGAAUACCCUCUGAAAGACAUCGCGCUCUGGCUUUCUAUUAUUCAGUGGAUGCUUACUUACAUGACUGGAUCUUUACCAGCUUGAUGCCAAAAUCAGUGGACAAAAUUAACCGAGAGGAAUCUUCUCCGAAGCUAAUUGCAGCUUUCAGACGCUUUUGGGAAUCUUGCAUGUCAGCCUUAUACGAGUUCAUGCAGCUUACCCCUGAUUUAAUUUCAUCGCUGCCUUUAUUUCAUAUUUCUAGAAUAAUAUACACAGUGGGAAUGCUUCUUGUGAGGCUUAGGUACAUCACUAUCACAGUGCCGGCUUUUUCAGCCCUCAAGCACAGCACAAGCAAAUCGUUAAGUCUAGUCCAGCAGGUAUCAGAAUUACUCGACCGAAGUGCGCAACUAUAUCCUUUCAACAAUUUUCUCACCAAGAUGAGAUACGUCGUGGCACUGUUCAUUCAAAUGUAUGCAAACAAAUUAAUGUCAUUCGUUGACAAAAACCAGCAAGCAAACUUGAAAGAGACCAAUAAAAUUGUGAACACUCAAGUUCCUGACGUGCAGUUUCAAAACUCCGUCAAUGUUUUACUAAAUCCUUCGCCUCCUCCCAAAUCAGUUGCAAUGAACAACCCACUUCAACCUCAAGAGCAAGAAUUGGAUGAUUUAGCGGGAUACCUGGCAGAUUGGGAUUCCCUUGAAUUGGGAUUUAAUACCUUAAACGACGAGUUUUGGGCAGACGUUUUUCUUUCGAAUGCAUGA